AUGGUUCACGUGGUGGCCGUGAACCCGGAGGACUGGUCCGGUGUCCUCCGAGCAUGCUCCUUCCGCAAGGCCAUCCGCGUGAUGGCCUAUGUACGACGAUUCCUGCGAGUCCCACGGAUCAGUGGACCCUUAACGGCGGACGAGCUGAGUGAAGCUCGACUGCGCCUGCUGCGGGUUACGCAGCACCGCUUCUUCGCGGAGGAAUUGGGCCGUCUGAAGCGGGGGGGAGCAUUGAUGGUGAGAUCGGCGUUGCGGCCACUCAACCCCAUGAUGGACGAGCGGGACCUCUUGCGGGUGGGGGGCCGCCUGCAAUUCUCAGCGUUACCGAUCGAUGCACGGCAGCCAGUCCUGCUACCGCGACGCUCUCGGCUCGCGACUCUCGUUGUGCGAGAUGCGCACGAACGCACGCUGCACGGGGGAGUGCAGCUGACGUUGCUCACCGUGAGGCGCGAAUUCUGGAUUCCAGCUGGGCGCUCUUUCGUGCGCCAGGUGAUCCGGGGCUGUGUGCGCUGCACACGUCAUAAGGGCACCCCGAUCACCCCGUUCAUGGCUCCGCUGCCUCGCGAUCGGGUGUUGCCUCAUCCACCGUUUUCUGCCACCGGGGUGGAUUAUGCUGGACCGGUCGCGGUGCGUCCGUCUCGAGGGCGCGGACGUACCACCUCCAAGGGAUAUAUUGCUGUCUUCGUCUGCUUCAGCACGCGCGCUGUCCACUUGGAGGUGGUCAGUGACUAUUCGGCCCCGACCUUCUUAGCGGCUUUUCAUCGUUUCGCGGCCCGGCGGGGCCUGCCGGUUACCGUGUACAGCGAUAGGGGGACCACAUUUGUGGGUGCGGACCGCGAGCUGCGAGGGCAGUUUGAGGCGGUCAUGGCGUUGGGGGGACCAGUCGCGGCCUCCUUGAGUAACCAGGGCAUCACCUGGAAGUUCAUGCCUCCUUCAGCUCCGCAUUUCGGCGGACUGUGGGAGGCAGGAGUGCGGUCCGUCAAACACCACUUGCGACGGGUAAUAGGAGAGCAGGCACUGACCUAUGAGGAGUUCGCCACUCUUCUAGCUCGCAUUGAGGCCUGUCUCAACUCCAGGCCAUUGUGUCCGUUGACGGACGACCCACAGGACUUGGAGGCCCUGACACCUGGGCACUUCCUGAUUGGGCGCCCGCUGUUGUGUCCGCCUGAGCGAUCCCUCGGGGACGUUCAGGUCGCGAGGAUGAGUCGCUGGCAGCUGCUCCAGCAUAUGACGGAGCAUCUUUGGGAGCGAUGGUCUAGAGAAUAUCUAGCCCAGCUCCAGGUCCGGGGCAAGUGGCUCAUCGCUUCUCGUCCGUUAGACAUCGGCGACCUCGUGCUCUUGGCGGAUAGCCGAUUUCCUCCUACCCGGUGGCCUCUCGGCCGCAUCACCGGCUUGCUGCCUGGCCCGGAUGGGCACGUCCGCGUGGCGCAGGUGCGCACAGCGGACUCGACCCUGACCCGGCCACUGGUCAGGCUGGUGAGGCUCCCUGUGGAUCCGAAAGGGGCUCAUCCCAAUCAACCUUCAACAUGA